AUGCCGGGACCGGCAGAACGGCGUUCAAUCACGAAGAAGUGGGAUGAAGACUCAUCCCUUCCGACUACAGCCAAGUUACAGGAGCUGCUCCUUGAACAUGAGGAGCGGUUGAAGGCGCAUUUCGAGAAGUUAGUCGACAAGUUGUUCUUGCAGCAGGUGCUGGGUGACAGCACGGAGCAUGCAGGGAAGCUUUCCAGCCCAGUGCAUCAACCGGGGGCGGACAGGAUUAGCAGCAAGAGCACUAAAGGGUAUCAGGCCAGAGUGCCGAACUACGUGAGACAAAUGGUCGAUGGGACGCUCACCAAGCCCGCGCCUCUCGGAAAUAAGGUGAGGACCGGGAGUUCAAUCAACAGUUGGUCCUCGAUUGAGCAUGGUGCACGACGCAUGAAGAAUUUCUGGCUCGUGUAUGAUGUCAGCAUUAUGCUUCUCAUUUUCGUGUAUGCAUGUCUCAUGGGCGUCAACCUUCAGUGGACUAGUUCGACUGGAAAAGAGCCACAAUGGGCACGACAUGCUGAGCUGGCAUUUUGCAUUGUGUUUUCCUUGGAUUUGAUGUGUCGCGUUGGCGUGGAGCGCCUACUCUUCGUUUUCGGACCGAUGCGAUGGUGGAACUUGUUGGACAGCGUGCUGGUGGGCAUGAUGGUGGUUUCGCAAAUCACGCAGGAGAGUGCGAUACAAAGCAUCUCUGGCUUGCGGACUCUUCGGCUACUGCGUGUCCUGCGGGUCAUGCGCCUGGCUAGAUACUUCGCAAAGUGGCCACAGUUCAGGCAGCUCCGCAUACUUGUUGCUUCCAUUGGUGAGAGCUUGAAGGUCAUGGUGUGGCUAGUUCUCUUGGCCUUCAGCAUCAUCUACAUCUUCAGUUUGAUCUUGACCGAAGGAGUUUGGCCUUCCUGCCACGUGGAGACAGGCGGCCAGGAGUUGUUGUGCCACAGGUUUGGAACCCUGGCCUCUUCCAUGAUGACCUUGUUUCAGAUUCUUUAUAAUGGGCUCCUUUGGGGCAUUUUGUGGGAUGCCAUGGAGCACUGGGAUUGGUUCUUUCUGGUCGCAUUCCUGAUGUACGUCUCAUUCUCAAUGAUCAUUCUCGGAAACAUGAUGGCAAGCUUCCUGUAUAGCCUUCAGAAGAAAGUGAGCAAGAAGGAGAAAGAGAACUUGAUACAAUCCGAGAUCGAGUCCAAAGAAGAGUUCUUGCAGCAAAUGAGUGCGGUAUUCAGAGAUUUCGAUCAGAAUGGCAAUGGUGCCAUAUCUUGGACAGAGUUUCAAAUAGCAUUGGAAGAUCAACGGAUGCAUGCCUUUUUGUCAUCCCUCGAGCUGGACAUCUCCGAUGCCAUAGGAUUGUUUCAGGUUCUGGACUCAGAUGGAACUGGUGCCAUCGAGCAUUCUGAGUUUCUCUUCGGAUGCUUGCGGCUGAGAGGAGGUGCGAAAGCCAUGGACAUGGUAAGGGUGCAGAUGGAACAGGAAUGGAUGCACAGUGCCUUGCUUCAGAUGCGAUCAACAUUACACGACUUGCACAGGAUCGCGACCUUCGAGAGUCGCAAGACCGCAUCGUCGGAUUCAAACCUUAGAAUGGAUCACGCAAUGAGUGACGCCUCCGAGAACGAGCAGUCCGAGUGGGGCGUAACUUCCCUCGCUAUUCCAAGAUUGAUCGACAGCUCACCGAUGCUGAAUGUGGAGCUUCGGACUCAAAUUCCUGCCGAGGAAAGGGCAGUUACGUUGCACGAGCUGAAGCGGAUUUCCUCCAAUGUCAUGCUGGAGAGCCGACAUGGCUGGGCUGACCAGCGGACUGGCGAGCGGGUUCCCACUGCUGCAUUGAAUCUAUACCACUUCAGCUACCAUCACAUCCUGCCGAAAACGGCGCCGCCAGGGCAGUUGACCUUGACGUUGCCAUGGAGGGCCUCUGGCAGUGUCUCUAUACCACGGAAAGGCCAACAAGUACACCAAGUGAACGAGCACGCGGCCUUGCCGAAUGCCUCUGCUUUCGUUACACAUACGGAGGUGUCGGGGAACAGCAGCGAGUCGGAUGGUACCCUAAAACUGCACCUCCGCCUCACGAAAGGGCGUUUUACCUCCAGCCCAGAUGACGGCAGCAUAUGUGCCGACGACUCGGACUUUGGAGUACCAAUCGAAGUGGUUUGUCAAAACUCCUUCAGUUACAAAGAGCUCUUGUCGUCUGAACCGUGCCGGCCGGCAUGGUAUUGUUCCCACUGGUGGGGGGAGCCCAUCGUGUCCUUUGUGAAUUGUUGCCAGCGACAUGCCCACCUUCGACACUUGGAGGAUUCGGAGGCCACUUACUGGGUGUGUGGCUAUGCAAAUCGGCAACACGAACUCGAGCUCGAGAUCGGAGCCGAUGACAUCAUGGCAUCUUCCUUCUAUCGCGCACUGCAAGUUGCCAGCGGAUUACUUCUAAUUCUCGACAAGGAGGCCAAGCCAUUUUCCAGGAUCUGGUGUGACUAUGAGCUCUAUGCUGCCAUUAUGGAUUCAGACAAGGAGCUUGAUAUCGUGACAAUGGCCACUGCAAGCAGAAGGCAUCAAGCAACAGCCCAGAUGCUGAGCAAGAAUCUGCUGGCAGGCGAGUCAGCUGUGGCGAAGUCUGUGCGCGAACAGAAUUUCCCGUUGUCCUUGCUCCAGCAUGGACUUCAAGUUUGCCUCGAGGAUGGCGAAGCCACCGUGGCAAAGGACAAGCAGACUAUUCUAUCGGCUAUGGCAAACCACACGGAUCUCACAAGCGACGAUGCUCGACGCCAUUUGCAGGAGAACCUCAAGCGCGCAAAUGCCACGCUGCACUCCACCUUUGCGAUUCUGGCAUGGCCUCAAGCAAUGCAGAGAGGACUAUUGCAGGACUUCAAGCAAGAUGGUGAGCUGAAGCUCCCGGAAGUCUUGCAGGCAGACGCGGACAGACAGUCCUUGGAGCUUAGCCUGGCCCACUUCCAGGACAGCUGCGUGGACUCCGCAGUGAAGAUGUUGGCUUCAGGCUUGCCCCCGAACCUGACGGAGCUCAGGCUCAGCUUUGAGGGUUGCAAGCGCAUCACGGAUGCCAGCCUGUCAAGUUUGGGGUCGAGGUUCGGUGCCAACCUGAAGCUUCUUUAUUUGGAUUUCAUCGGGUGCAGCAAGCUAACAGACACCGGGUUGAUCGCAGUCGCUUCCAGCCUGCCCGCCGGCUUGGAGGAGCUUGAGCUUCAUUUUGCGGGCUGCACUGGAAUCGGCUCUGCAGGCGUCAACUCGUUGCGAGCGAAGCUGCCCAGAGGGCUGCAAUCCUUCAAUGCAACGUUCAAAGGAACUGGGAUCAACAAAAACUUUUCCACCAAAGCGGAGUUCGUGUCUGGGUGA